AUGUCAUCAAAACUUUAUGUACCUUGUGCAUCAUUAAAUCCCGAUGAUAUAAACAGUCUUGUUCGUUUAUGUGCAUCACAAGAUAAAAAUCGUGUUGAUAUGCAUGGAGGCCGUAAAGCAGCACUCAAGUAUUUAUUAAACUUUCAAUCAGCUGGAUUAAAUUUAUCAACUUAUAUCAAUUUAAAAGAAUUUGAAAAAUUAAAAAAAGAAAUAAAGAAAUUUAUAAAAAUCGAUCUUUAUAAAAAAGAAUUUGAUGAAAAUCAAGAUGACACAUUUGUACCAUAUUGGGAAUUAGACAAUGAGUCACGUAAAAUUCAUCCAAUAGCUAAAGCAAAUCGACAAUUUGCAAAUAAGAAAGUUUUUUUUUCACCUGAACAAUUAAAAGUAUAUUUUAAUCCAGCACAAAUAGCUAAUAUACCUUAUUCACAAGGAACUUAUGAAUCAUGUGGUUUUGUUGAUAGUGAUGCGAGAGAUAAUAUGACUAAAUAUCCUAUUAUUCAGCGUCACAAUAAAGGUCAAAUAAAUACAAAACAAGGAAGAAUUCAAAAUGUUAUUUUUGAUAUUCCAUCUGAAAAACAAAUUAUUAUUUUAGAUUUUGCAGAUGAAAGAAUGCCUGGAGGCCUUUUUCUUUAUGGAGCUUCAACACAAGAAGAAACAAUUUGUUAUAAUUCGAAUGCAUAUAAGGCUUUACUUGAUUUUAAAUAUGAACGAUUUGAUGGAGGUUUUAUCAUACCAGAAUUUGGUUGUUUAUAUAUAAAACGUGUUCAAUUUUUUAAACCAGAUCAACCAAACGAAUAUCGAAAUGUUGAUAUUGUUGCUGCUGCUUGUUAUGAUUUAACAGGAGAACAUGGUUUACAUAAGAAACCAGAUUCUCUUGAAGAUAUUGAUAUAAAUACGGAAAAAAAAUUAGAAACUAUUAUUGCUGCUGCACAAGCAAAUAGCGAAAAUAAUGGAGAAAAUACUUAUCUUAUUUUAGGUCCUAUUGGAUGUGGAGCUUUUCAAAAUAAAAUUCAAGCUAUUGCCAAAUUAUGGGCAAAAGUUUUAUCAAAACCAUUAAAUGCUGAAUUAAAUACUGAACAAUGUCAUGCUUUUGAACAAAUUUGGUUUCUUAGUGGUUCAGAAGAUAAAUUAAAAGCUUUUGAAGAUGCUUUUCGUCUUGAUUCUCAACAAAGAUCAAAAUAA